AUGAAUCUUAAUGAUUAUAAUGAUUAUAAUGAUUAUAAUGAUUAUAAUGAUUAUAAUGAUUAUAAUGAUUAUAAUGAUUAUGAUGGUGGUAAUGAUGAAUAUUCAAAAAAUUUGGAUUCUACUAUUGAUGAAGUUGAGGAAUUUCAAUAUAUACAAAUAAAAAACCAUAAUGAAUCCAAAAGAAUUAAAGAAAAACCCAAUUUUUAUUCACCUCAUCUUUCAGGAAUAUUAAAAAGGUUUUUAUUGGACUAUGAAUUUUUUAAUGUAAUACCAUUGAAAAAAGAAAUUGAAUUAGAAUCCAAAUUCAAAUUCAAAAUAAAAAAGACUAUUUAUUAUAAUGAUGCAGUCACCUAUAUAAAGAAUAUAAUGAUUUCACCACUCAAAGAUCUUAUUUUACCAUUUUUAAAAAAGAAAACUAUUAAUAGAGAAAUGGUUUACAUUUUCGAAGUAGGAAUAUAUUCAGAUUCAUAUUCAGUAAAUAGAUCAAAAUUAUCAACAAAUAAUAUUGUCAUUUAUCCUUUAAAUUUUCCUAGUUGGUUAUUAAAUAGGUUUUUUAUUAGAGUUGCAACAUUAAAAAAUGAAAGAAUUGUAAGUUAUACAAGCAAAACAAAUUUUCAAAAAGUUUUAGAAGUUGUACUAUCAAAUUUAUUAAAUCAUUCAGAAAAACAGACCAAAUUUAUUGAAGAUGGAAAAACUUUUAUAAUUUCAGUAAAAGAAUUUUUUGGUGAUAACCCAGGUUUAGCACUUUUACUUAAUAUAGCAUAUCACAAUAAAAUAUAUGGUGGUUGUCAAUCAUGUUUACUUCCAAAAUUUGAACAAGGUGAUUUUAAAACAAGUUAUUUAAAAAGACCAAAACUCAAAGAUACCCAAUAUGUAAAGGAAAUCAUUUAUCAAUUAGAAGAAAAAGAAGUAAAAAAUUUUUUUUUAGAUAGAUAUGGUUUAAAAGAAGAAUUGGGUUAUAUUUUUAAAACUAUUAAUACCAAUGGUUAUUCAUUAAUUAAACUUUGUUACUGGCAUAAUGAAUUACUAAAUUACUUGAAAAGAAUGUUAACAGAAUUUUGGAACUUAAUUAAUAUAGAUCAAAAAAAUAUUAUUUUAAAAUGUUUUCAAGUUUUACCAACAAUAGAUGGUGUCGAUAUAAAAGAUUUUGAUUUCAAAAACUUUGUAGGUAAAGAAUUCUCACUGCUUUUAGAAACAUUAACACCUGCACUUACAGAGCUACCACAAUAUAAUAAUAUUUUAAUAGGAAAAUAUAAAAAAUGUUUUUAUUUACAAGCACAAUAUUUGAAACUAUUAUUCAACUCACCCUCAGUAUUCAAAACAGAUGAAGAAAUUUCAAAAUCAAAGUAUAUCAUUGAAUUAAUUGUUCAACAAAGAGAUGAAUACUUUCAAAUUAGAAAGAUAAUUCUAACAAAGAAGUUUGAAAAAGAAAAUAAAAAAAAACUUGAUUAUCAAGUCGAAUUGAAGAAGUUUAUUGAAACUGGUUUCAUUACAUAUCACUCAGCAUUACAUUGUCUCAUUGAAAAAUUAGAAGCUAAUUUAAAUCCUAUUGAUUCUUAUGGUAAUAGUUUAGAAAGUUUUCAUCAACCAACUAAAUCAACAGAACUAAAAAAAUCAAACAAUAUUUCUGCGAGUAAAUCAAUUUUAAGAAAUUCAAAUUUAUUAUUUUUUAUAAAUAUAAAUACUGAAAUGGAAAUUGUGGAGGAUUUUGAAUUCAAAUGUUAUUAUAUUAUUAAAAAAGAGCAAGAUAAAGAUAUUAAAACCAAUAUAUUGCAAUUUUUAAAUUCUAAUACUGAAGAUUUCAAAAACACUAAAAUCGAUCAAGUAUUUUUAGUUAGUGAAGCAAUUCAUAAAGAAGAAAAUUAUAAAAUUGGAGAUUUCGUUUCAGUUAAUACCAUUACUUUCAAUGAAAAAUUGAUGAAGGAUGAAAGAGAAAUAAGUUAUGCAAGAAUACAUGAAAUGAUAUUGGUAAAUAAUAUUGUUUAUUUUAUCGUACAUUAUUGUUUCAUUAACGAAUUUCAUACAUGCAUUGGUAAAGUAAUUUAUCAAGAAUAUGAUCAAUUAAAAUUAAAUGAAAAUGCAAGUGUAGUUGAUUUUGGUAGUGUUUUUAACAAGGUAUACAAGUGGCCAAUUAAAGAAUCAAACAUUUUUACAAAUGAUGAUCCAUCAGAUUUUUCAGAUAUUACCAAAAAUUCUUAUCAAAAAAGUUUAAAAUCAUUAAAAAAUAAUAAUGAAAAUAAUAAUAAUAAUAAUAAUAAUAAUAAUAAUAAUAAUAAUAAUAAUAAUAAUAAUGGUGAUGAUAUCAACAAUACUUUCAACACAGCAUUAAUCAAAUUGAAUCAAAGUAACUCUAUUUCGAAAAUUAUUGAUGGUAAAAUUUUUUCAAAAGAUGAACAAGGAAAUGAUUUUUCUUUUAUAGUUGGUAAAAGAUCAUUAUAUGACAUGUCGUCAAAAACUGUAAUUCAAGAAUUAUCGAGUGACAUUCACGAGGAUGAAAAACAUUGUUAUAUUUUAUUGGAUGAAGAUGAUAUCGAUCAAAGUGAUGACAAUGAUUUUUAA